CUAACUCAUCUGAUUGCCUGUGAGUUGCCGAAGCUCACUUUUGUUACACUUCCAAACCAUUAUUGUUUUUUGACAUUUCACGCAACCAACGCAAUGGCAAUGAAACCAGCGCUCCGUCCGCUUGUGCGACGCAGCUCAUGUCUGUCUGUUCAGGCACGAGCAAUUUCGCAGUGCACAGCGAUGUCAGUAUCGGCGAGGUGGUUGACAGGGUUAAAGGCCACCAGGAGCAGCUACACACGAGCUUCCGCUUCUGUGCUCUGCCACGAUUGCGCGAAAUGGGGGAAUCCGAGGAUACCGGCGCGGAGAUGGUAUGCGAAUCCCGGUGUCGAGGAGAGUGCCGAGGGCAAGCCUAGCACGCUGUAUGCUUUUGAAGAUAUCCAAUCCCUCUCCACGCACCCCUCCCCGUCGCGCAUCCUCAUCGACGUCCGCGAACCCUCGGAACUCCAAUCCACGGGCACCAUCCCCACGGCCCUCAACAUCCCCAUCACCUCGCAGCCCGACGCCCUGCUCCUAGGCCCGGAGGACUUUGAAGACCGCUUCGGCUUCCCGAAACCGGGCACGGAUAAGGAGGUGGUGUUCUUCUGCAAGGCGGGUGUGAGGUCGAGGGCUGCGGCCCAGAUUGCCAAACGGGCUGGCUACGACAAGGUGGGCGAGUACCCGGGGAGUUGGUUGGAUUGGGCCAAGAAUGGAGGCGAGGCGGCGAAGGUGUAGUACUUGUACGAUCGAUCAUCUUGGCAUGUGGAGAGUACACUCCCACUCAAUGAUCAUGGAAUAGGAGGAGGGCAUGGCUUGGCUUGGCCACCGUA